AUCUCAGAAGGAGAACUUUAAAAUAUGAAAAGCCUCUCUUCUCUACCGCAGGUGCAUUUGAACUUCUUACUGUUUCUCCAUCGCCUAGCAGAAGAAGCCAGGACAAAUGCUUUUGAGAACAAAAGUAAAAUAAUUAAAUCUGAGCAUGCUAUAGCUGCAGCAAAGGUUGUUUUAAAGAAAAGCAGAGGCUAAAAAAUGGAAUAAUGGAAUUUCAAAUCUUGGAUUUUUUUAAAUCUGUUCUUACUAACUUGAGAUCCUGUGAGCCAGCUUUUGCACUUGUGGAAGUAUUUACUUUUACUAAUGUUUAUCUCCUGACUGUCUCUGAGUAUCCUGCUAUUUCUUUAAAAAAAAAAAAAAGUUUUCAUACACUUCAUAUAUAAUUUUAAAAUGUGUGUCAUUUAUAAGUACCAUAAGUAAUAGUAACUUUUCAUAUAAAUCUUUUGAUGUACCUUAUUUCUUCCAACAAAAUUUAGGGAUACCUUUGCUAUACUCACUCAAGUACAAUAUGUCAUUUUUUAAUCUAGUGUUAUAUAUUUGAAGCAUUUUAAGGAGAACAAUAAUAAAAGUGCAGGCUUCACUUAAUCCAUUAUAGAUUAUGCUGUUCAGAACAUAUUUACUAGCUAAGCAAAAUGCUAACUUUCAAAAGAAGUGCUGUAGAACCUAGUGUAUUAAAUGACUUGACUUUGAUUUGUUUAUAAAUGUCUUAAUAUUUUUAAUUCACUUUGAAAAGUAGGCUAAAAUUUCUGUGCUUUGGUGAAUGGAAACAUAUUCUGUAUUUCUAAACCAAGCUCUCAUCUGUUAAGCUGACCUGCUCUUUGAUGUGGUAUGUGAGACAACUUGGCGGUCUUAAUUCAGUUGGUGUGGACAGAUGCACAUUAUAAAAAAUAUUUGACACAGCUGAUGGUUUUUGAAGUUAGAUUCUGUAGAAAUAAUGAAGAUAAGUUGGCAUGCACGCUGAGCUACUUUCUCCCCUGUUUUGAGCGUCAUCCUAGCUUGUAGAAGCAUCGAAAUGUACAUUAGAUAAAAACAUCUUUAAUUGAAAUUGUAUUCUAUUGCUAAUCUGAUAUUUUUAAAUAAAACAUUGCUAAAAGCUUCACUUGACAGAUCUUUUAAUAAAGGUACAAUUGAAUCUUAUUGUUUGAGCUGAUAACACUAUUUUGUGGAAUGUGUAGUAGCUGAUGCUUCAUAUCAGUGAGCUAUUCUUAAAAUAAAACAAAAAUUGUAAAACAUCA